AUAGGUUUUUUCGUGUAAAGUGAACUUUGAUACACAAUGUGGUGGAUCCUGCGUCGAGCUGGCUUGACCGGCGCGUCCUUUUUCAGUCAGUCCUCCGGCACAAACAACAAUAAUGCUGUUAAAACAGAACCGAGACCGUUACGGAAAAACUAUAAUCAACUUUCGUCAAACGAAAAGUGCGACAAUAGACAAGCUGAAGAUGUACACAUCGAGGAAGCCGAAGUCGACUCCGAUGCGAGCAGCACCGACCUAGAGGAACGGGACACGCGCGGUGUGUGCCCGCCCUGUGCGCAUGACCGCUACAACAACAAUAUACGACGCCAUGCACACGACGAUUUCAGUGACGAUACUGAUUAUGAUGAGGCGCUGACGUGCAACGUAUGCGACAGAUCGUUCUCGACGCGCCGUCAGCUCAGCGACCACCAGCAGAAAAAGCGGCACUUCGGGUGUAGUUCAUGCGACAGCCUGUUCCCCUCGCUGAUGGCACUAGAGCACCACAAGGAGGAGUUCCAGCACUGGAGCGACUCCUCGUACUGCUCGCACUCGGACAGCGAGGAGAGCGAGGGGUGCCAGGAGGACCGGCACCGACUGCUCUAAUGCCACCAUCUCAUUGUCGCCGGGGACAAGCCGGCCGAGCUCGGCACCUUCGUCUGAUAGCUUACAGCGCCCCCAUUCUGCUGUAACCUCAAUACUUGUAAUGGUUCAGAAUUACAUCUCCACUCUCAACGAUACUUUUUUAUCCAAUCGUGUUUGAUUAUUCAUAGUUGAUUUGAUUUCUGACCAAUCAUGUGACAAUUGGUCAAGAAACUGUUGUAUAUUUACUUGUAGUAAUCCACUACUGAACCAUUAUGACUAACAGCAGAAUUGAUGCUGAAUUGUUACGGACCUAACAUACCUUGUAUCGCAGACUUGAACCUGCCAACAUUUGUAACAACCAUUUGUGAAAUGGAUCAUUUUACUAUACAUAUCUUAUAGCUGCCAGGGAAUUAUUUUUUAGUUUCUAUUAAAAGUAGAAAAUAUUAAUGUUAUUUCUCAAGUGAUUAGGCAAUGUGUUUUAUAUACUUUAUGAGAAAAAUAUGAUAAAAAUUAACAUUUCGUAAAAACUUUGAAGAAUUUUGAAAAAUUAGGAAUGAUUAAGUAAACACAAGGAUCUAAUCCAUUUAUCUUCUUCAAGGAUCUAUUCUUAUUUUCUUUGUGCCAAUUCAGAGGGACCAGAAUGGUAACAACUGUUAAGGCAAUAUAAAGUAUGGUAUCACAAAGGAUAUUUCUUUUUUUAUAUAGUGAUGUUAUUUUAGGAUAAAUAAAAGUUAUUUUAUUGUAAAAAACUGAAUUUAUUGAUUUUCACAAUAUGUGAAAGAAAGGCCUAAGACAUGUUAUAUUUAAAUUAAGUAAGUCGCAAUUGCAUGCAAGCAUUAGUUUACUCUAUAUCUUUACAAAGUCCUCAUCAGAUUAGUUUGUCAAUGGCCGAGCUCCAUACACACUAUUCGUAGUGACAAAUUUUCUUAACUAAAACGAUACAUUUUACAAAGAAAAAAAUAGGACUAUUAGCGUCCCAUACAUUUGAAUACAAAACAAGAUAUUCACAUCAAACAAUCAUAAAUAUCAAAUGAUGUCCUACGUAUAAUUGUUUCUUUACAAGCUUUAAUACAAUUUGGAACACAAUUCGGUGCAUUCAUUGUAUUUAAAAAUGUUAUAAUCAGCCGUUACGUUAGUUAAUUUCAAACUUAUUAGAAAGCCACCUCGAUUCCAGGCACGUAUACAAAAUGAU